AUGUCCGUGAGGGGCGCUAACCGUUUGCCUGACACUGCAGUUACUACUGAUGAUAUUGAUGAUCUGUUAAGCUCACAUUCGCAAGAACUGACUGAUGAAGAUCUUAUUGAAUUGGAAGCACAAGUACAAAAGGAAGCACUCGAGUCACAAGAAAUAGCUUCUAUUAGUGACUCUGAAAAAGAACUUACACUAAAAAAAACUUUCCGUAGCCUUUGCAAAUUUGAAGAAUGCCAUGAAAAUUUUUGA